CAGAUAUUGUAAUGAUGCAAAUGAAGUUGAGGGGACGAGCUGCCUUAUUAUGUACAUAAAUACACACCGGCUCGCUGUGCCAUCCGUGAAUGCAGGAGAGGGAGAGGGAGAAGGGGAGGGAACGGGGGAAAAAGACCAGCUCGAAAAUUGCUGCCAGGUUUAAACUGCCUACCCCUGGCAACCCCUCUGCUGGCCUGCUUAUGCAUUCACCAGCCAUUUAGACCCUUUCCUUCCUCUUUAUUCACAUACAUGAAGGCGAGCUAGGCAGAGGCGAAAGUGUGGUCACUAUUAGCGGCUCCAGAUGUGCCUGCGCCGCAGUCAAUGAGCCCAGGAAGAGAGAAGGAGACCCCCAGCCCCCCAGCAAAGAACGCAGUGGAAGGAGAUCAAGAAGCACGAGAAGAAAAGUCACUGUAGGGAAAAGGUGGUGUCCCGGGCGUGUCGCAGGGAGCCUCUCGCCACAACUUUCCAGCUAAGAGAGAGGGACACGUUGGCUUUCCCCCCCCCGCCCCCGCCCGUCCUGAGACAAACACGAGCCACCUGCCGUUUGUAUCAUUCUGGUUUUAGAACCGACCCAUCACCAAUCCGUGCCGGCUGGGGGGUGGGCUGGGGGAUUCAGCGCCGGCAUGGAAGUCGCCACCGACCAGCCUCGCUGGAUGGCUCACCACGCCGUGCUGAACGGGCAGCACCCGGAGACGCACCAUCCGGGACUGGCUCAUAACUACAUGGAACCGGCGCAGCUCCUACCUCCGGAUGAAGUCGACGUCUUCUUCAAUCACCUGGACUCCCAGGGCAACCCCUACUAUGCCAACUCGGCCCAUGCCAGGGCCAGGGUGUCCUACAGCCAAGCUCACGCCCGUCUGACUGGGAGUCAAAUGUGCCGGCCUCACCUGAUCCACAGCCCCGGGAUCCCCUGGCUGGACAGCGGCAAAGCGGCGCUCUCGGCAGCCCAUCACCACAACCCGUGGACGGUGAAUCCCUUCACCAAAGGGCCCCUGCACCCUUCCGCCGCUGGAGCCCCCGGGGCCAUCUCCGUGUACCCGGGCAGCAGCACCUCCAGCACGGCCUCGGUCUCCUCGCUCACCCCGGCCUCGCACUCCGGCUCCCACCUUUUCGGCUUCCCACCCACCCCUCCCAAGGAGGUGUCCCCGGACCCCAACUCCACCAGCGCAGCCUCGCCCUCCUCCUCCUCGGCCGGGGCCAGGCAGGAGGAGAAGGAGACCAUCAAGUACCAAGUGUCUUUGUCGGACGGGAUGAAGAUGGAGAGUGCCAGCCCGCUGAGGACCAGCUUAACCUCCAUGGGGGCCCAGCCCUCCACCCACCACCCCAUCCCCACCUACCCCUCCUAUGUGCCGGCUGCUCAUGAGUACAGCAGCAGCCUCUUCCACCCGGGCAGCUUCCUCGGCGGCCCAGCCUCCAGCUUCACCCCCAAGCAGAGGAGCAAAGCUAGAUCCUGCUCAGAAAGAAAUCCGGUUUCUUCGUGUUUCCAUUUAGAAGGCAGAGAGUGUGUGAACUGUGGAGCUACUGCCACCCCUCUCUGGAGAAGAGACGGCACUGGGCAUUACCUGUGUAACGCCUGCGGGCUCUACCACAAAAUGAACGGUCAAAAUCGACCACUCAUUAAACCUAAACGAAGACUGUCAGCGGCUAGGAGAGCAGGGACCUGUUGUGCCAACUGCCAGACAACCACCACCACCUUAUGGCGACGUAAUGCAAAUGGAGACCCAGUUUGUAAUGCCUGUGGACUUUACUAUAAAUUGCACAAUGUGAACAGGCCAUUGACCAUGAAGAAGGAAGGAAUUCAGACCAGGAAUAGGAAAAUGUCCAACAAAUCAAAGAAAAGCAAGAAAGGCUCUGAGUGUUUUGAGGAACUGUCCAAGUGCAUGCAGGAGAAAUCCUCUCCAUUCAGUGCCGCUGCCCUCGCCAGUCACAUGGCACCAAUGGGGCAUUUGCCACCUUUUAGCCACUCUGGACACAUCCUACCAACACCUACUCCCAUUCACCCAUCUUCCAGCAUCUCAUUUGGACAUCCACAUCCAUCCAGCAUGGUUACAGCCAUGGGAUAGAACCUGAGUAUCAAGAGACCCACACAGAGAUUAAGAACACGGGGCUCUGUCUAAGAUGACACUGAGUAAGGAAAGAUUCUGCCAAGAGGAGAACAUAGGGAAGGAAAAAGGGGACCUUGCGCCAAUGUGGUUGAACUCUUAGGGUUGGACUAAAACCCUGCAAUGAUGAGUCUGCUGCAGAAAUGCUUAAUGGUGCCUGUUAUGCACUUUGCCCCUCAGGUAUAAGGAAAACGAAGAACUCACUUGUUUGAUACCUGCUGGCCCAGCAGAAAGCAAAGGUGGCAGAAGCAGCAGAAGACGGAUGCUGGAACUGGCUCUCCUUUCUCUGUUAUUACUGUGAAUAUUGUAAAGAGAUAGCAGCCUCCAAAGGCGGAGCAAGCUGGCUGGUAGCCACCCAUACUGGAUUUCUAUGGUGGACUUUGUCUGGGGGAGAAGGGGUGGGAAACCAGGACAACUUUAUAAAAACUUAAUUUUUAAAAGGAAAUCAGACACAGAAAGUCAUCAUUUAUUUUGCUCUUGUUUUCCACAAAGAGCCUCAAACCUUCUGACUUGCAUGAUUUUGUGCCUUUUUUGGGGGGUGGGGCGUCAACCCUGCUAGAAUAAACACAGCUUUAUAACGGGGGGGGGAGGGAAGUGUGCGCUAACCAGCCACCCCUUGAUUGUCUUCAUCAACGUUACAUACAAAAAGAUCUGUUAGGGAAGGGAUGAGAGAGAGGGGAAAACAAAGCAAAAAUGUACCUGGAAUAUGGGAAUGUAAUGGGCCCAAGAUGUGGAUUAUUUUGACGUAAUGCCUGCAUUCUUUUUCUUAACAUGAAAGAUUUUAUUUAAAAAAAAAUACUAUUCCACAAACAGCGAAAUAGGACAAAUCACUAAAAAAAAUACACUGUAGGGAACAACUCUGUGCCAGGUGGAAGUAGCUAGAGGAGGUCUUAUUCAUCUGUCCCAUCUAACUUCUAGGAGUCUAUCAGCAACCAGGGCAAGGCAGAAAAAAUCCCAUUCAAACCCUUUGGAGGUUAAAGCAUUUUGUUCUGCCUUGUGGGCAGCUGUUGCUUAAGACACAGACUAGCUGCUUUGGUAAACUCACCGUAGUUUGGCUACCACAUCCAUGCAAAGCCAGAGCGUGUGCUGUCUGUAGGCAUCCAGGCUACGGCACAGUUCACAUCUGGGAGUGAGGAAGGGCAGAAAGUGGAUUAAGAUCACUGGACAAGAGAAAGAGAGAGAGACAAUCAGUUUCAGCUUCACAUACCCUUCAAAUCCAAGAGGCAGCAACAGCUGAGGCGUUGAGGGACGGUAACGUUCCAAGGGGGACAACUAUUUCCCAUAGCGCAUUUUAUAUCUAAAAAAAAAAACAAAUAAAAAAUGAGUCUCCCAUUAUUAAACCAUAUUGUACGUAAACAACUGAAAACAGCUAUUGCCAAUGUGAAGUGUAUUCUAUUGAUUGUUGUGACCUGAUGACUCUCAUGAAAACAAGCUCCAGUAUAACAUAUGAUGUACAUAUUUAGCUAUACUUCUGAUGAAAAUGCCCCAGUGAGCAGAGGGGUUCGAUAAUGUAAACUGCGUAAGCUUAAUUCUGUGACAAGCUUUUUCUUUUUCUUUCUUUCUCCAUUUUUUUUUUGAUCAAGCCAAUUGUAUCUUACUGCAAAAGUUCUGCUUAAAAACGAACCCACAUAAAAAUGGAUGUACAUUUUUUUUCCUAAAUAGGUAAUUGAGAUAUUUGAUAAUGAAGUAAGGACCAAGCAGCCAUGGAAAUCCUGCUUUCCUCCUUUUUCUGGUCUGUGUAAGGUGCACUUUGUAAAAGUGGAAAUAAAUGAAUGGGGCGGGGGGGGGGGGAAUUGGUUGGGAGAUGCUGUAAGAAUUUUUAAUUUACUGAGUCAAAAUUUGGUCUUUUUACUUUUUACCUGUUACUAUGGUACAGUUGUACAUUAUUUGUACCCAGCUCAAAUUUCUGCAGGAUUUGGGGGGUGAUGGGUGGGGGGAAAAGGAGUGGGUUACUGAUACAGUUGACAAAGUGCAAUAUAUUGUCAGUCACUGCAGCGUAGACAACGGCAGUCAAGAUUUAAAUUAUUUUGUACUUGUAUCAGCAUAAAAAUUCUGCAGUAUUUUCUGUUUUUAUUCUUAAUUUUUUAUUUUGCUUAUUUUUGGAUUAGUGAAUUAAGUUAUUGUUAAUUAUGUACAACAUGUUUAUAUAUUGUCUGUAAAAAGUGUAUGCUUUCCUCAUAUUCCUUCAAGGUGAAUACUGCUAAGAAUAAUAAAAUACCUUUUUUGUGAAA